AUGUCAAAUGAAACAGCGUCUAUGAGAGAAAUACAACACAACCGACAACUCAUUAUGCAAGCUCUAAAUAAGAACACAACAAACUUUUCAAACUAUGCUAAAAUAUCUGAGUCAUUGAAAGAAGGAAACCUAAAACUGACAAUAAACCCUAUGACAGAUGAGUUUCUAUUUCAAGACAAUAAGAACCAUACUGUCUGUAUAAAUCCAACAAAAGGAACUUUAAACGAGAAACCUAUAAAUGAACUUCUUUUGAAAGCAGAUGUUGACAACAAAGCUGACAAAGAAUAUGUCAUUGAAAAAGUUCAAGAAGAACAUGACAGAGCAGAUGCAACAUAUGCAACAAAAGAGGAUGUUGAAAAUAAAGCUGACAAAGAAACUGUAGAUAUGUUGGCACAAACGGUUUCAAGUCAUACCAGAGGUUUAAUGGAAGAUGGACAACAGUUGAAAGAGCUUGAGAAAGGUGUUACAGAGUUAAGGAAUACAAAAGCAGACUCGAAAUGGAUAGCUGGAUAUGUAGAUGCAACAAAAGAAUAUAUUUUCGCAUGGACAGAAGGAACAUAUCCACAAAAACAUCAUACACAUUCUAUAUCUGAUAUUACAAACUUACAAGAAACCUUAAACAGGAAAAGUGACGUUGGACAUACACAUACCAUUGCAAAUAUUACAAACUUACAAGAAACCUUAAACACUAAAGCAGAUAAAACAUAUGUCAAUGAAAUAUACCAAAGUUUAGUUGGAACAAAAAAAAUAUUGAAACUAUUGUUGGUGACUUUUCUGUCAAUGAAGAAAAUAAAUAUUUUAGAUGGCAGUUUGUACAUUCCUUAA